AUGGAAUCUUCAUCAACGACUCUAGUCACGCGUGAUGAGGAGGCACGAAGGCUUAAACUUCAGACCGUUGUCCUUCGGGACCAGAAAGCCGCCCUUGAGGACAAAUUGUCCGAAAAAGAUGAGAAUAUCAAGAAACUGGUAGCCCGGUGCCGGCAGUUCGAGAGCGAGGUCGAAGCUGGCAAGGAAGCGAUGCGAAAACAGAGUGUUCAGAUGAAAACCCAAACUAGGGACUUCGUACAUCUGCAGACCGAGUUACAGUCUCUCCAGUCAGUCUCUAAUGACUCCGCGAAGCUCCUGGCGGAGAAACUAGCCCUGGCCCGUGAGCUCAACACGCUGCGGCCUGAGCUCGAACAUCUCAAGUCACAGCUUUCUCAUCAGCAAACCGUCAUCGCCGAAAAGCUCGCGCUUGAACGCCAACUUAACUCCCUUGAAGUUGAGCUCGAGGCAGAAAAGAGAUCGAAGCAACGGCAAGAAGACAACAGCGAACUACAUACCAGGAUUCAGGAACUCGAGAAGAAGUUGGCUGCCGAGAAGAAGGAAAAGGAACGCGUCAGGAAAGAGGGCGAGCGAGCCCUUUCCGAGGCUACCGCUCAGCAUGAAAUGUUCGAGCAAAGGCUUGAGACGAUGAAGCUAAAGCUACGCGACACACGAGAGGAGCUGAAGAAAUGCCAGGCUGAGCUGAGCGACAUCCAAACAUCCUCGAUCAAUCUUUCAGAUGUCACUGAGAAAACUGUCGCAUUGCCGGCCGUGCGCAAGCAAGGCAAGAAGAGGCGGGUCGAGGAAGCGACCAUGGAGAUAACCAUUCCCACCCCGGGGGCUGCUGAUCAGAAGGGGAAGAGGGCGCUGAAGAAGCGAGGGUUGGAUGUUACGCUUGCUAAUGUCGGCGAGAAAUCCACGUUCUCCAUCACCCCAUUCCUCAACCGGACGAAGAUACUUGAGAACGAAGAGACAGAUCCCUUCGAUGAGGAAGAACCUGAGCACAGCUUCCUGGAUUCUAAAGCCACACGCGACAUCACCGCCGUCCAGCCUCCCGCCAAGAUUGCCUCCGAAUCGGUUUCGAGCGCGUCGGCCCAACCCACCGCGAAGCCAAGGGGACGGCCAAGGAAGAUCUUGGGAGAGAUUCCUAGUGCUAAGAAUUCGAACACAGCUAAGGCUUCGAGGAAAAAGGCUGACGACAAAACGAAGACCUCGAAGCUCGAUAUGGUAUUAGAGAAGGUGGUCGAGGAGGCGGGCGAAGAUGGCGAGAAUGAGCCUGCACCCGUAGAGGCCGAGAAUUCCGUAGAGAAAGAAACGGACACUGAGCCGACGGUAGAGAAGAAGGCCAGCGGAGUAAGAGGAAGGGUGCCUGCGCGCAAACUCAAAGCGGUUCCCAGUACCGAGGCGCUGAGCGGAUUCGAGCCCGAGCCGAAGAAGAAGAAGCGUAAGUUGCUUGGCGGUCCUAACAAGACCCUCUUCGACGACGACGAAGGCGAAACCGUGAAGAAGCCGGCACCCAAGGCCUCUGUUGGGGGCCCGAGGCCUUUGGGCAAGUUGGGCGUGUCCCUCGGAGUGAAGCAAAAUGCAUUUGCUGGCAAGGCUUUCUCGCCCCUGAAAAGGGAUAGGAGGGGUGUGCAGGCCAGUUUCCUGGCGUAG